GCACUUCUUUAAACUCUCUCCUGCGGUGGAGUAUCUGUGUUGUGUUUUUUGGAGUAUUUCGAUGGCACAUUUUGAGGUAAAAGAGUUUCCCACCACUGGGGAAAGUCCAAGAGUGUGUCCUGGAACAGAGUGAGGAGAGGAGGAGGGAGGACAGCAGCAGUUUUUCUCCUCAUCUUUGCCUCCGCAGGCGUUUCUUGUGUGGAAGAAUGGGGGCAGGAGCUCUGACCAUCUGUCACAACAAGACAGCUGUGCAGGUUAAAGAAGACAUGAAGAAGAUGGUCCAGAUACCCAUGCUGCGCUCCAGGACAGUGACAGUCAAGCACACCCAGCUGUUUGGAGUGUCCCUGUUUGAGCUGCAGCAGAAGGGCCUGGUGGAGGACGGUGUGCCUCUGGUGGUGCGGAGGAUGGUGGAGCAUAUUCGCAAGCAUGCUUUGCAUCAGGAGGGUCUGUUCAGAGUAAACGGGAAUGUCCGUGCUGUGGAGACCCUGAAACAGCGGCUGGAGAGUGGAGAGGAUGUGGACCUUCUCUCUGAAUCUGACAUGUGUACGGUGGCAAGCUUGCUCAAGAAGUACCUCAGGGACCUGCCAGUUGGGCUGGUAGACUCAACAGUCCAACAGGCUCUGAUACAGCACCACCAAGAGUGCGGUGAUGAUGUCUCUUGGUCAGAUAUGAGAGACCUGCUCCAGCAGCUUCCAGAUGUGCACUACAGCCUCCUCCGGUACCUCUGCCACUUCCUCACCCUUGUGGACUCCAACCACAUAGAAAACCGUAUGACUGCCCACAACCUCGCCACUGUGUUUGGACCCAGUGUCUUCCAUGUGGCUCCUGGUUUUGAAGCGAUGAAGGACCAACAAAUCUGUAACAAGAUCAUGGUCAAGCUCAUCCAGAACUACAGCAAUAUAUUUAAGCCUGCCAGAGAUGGAGAAGGUUGCACGGAAGAACUGUCAACCCACAUUAUUGUCAAGGAGGUGCACUUCACAGAUGCAGACACAGAGAAGUCACCCAGAUCCUUCAAUGCUAACGAACCGACACCAGUUCCCAGAACAAAGGCUGGACAAAAGACGCCACCACAAAAUGCAGAACUUCUAAACAAAUCCUCCACAAAAACUCUGAAGGCGAGGCAGAGGAAAAAGAAGGUGAGGAAAGGGAAGAGUGACAGCAUGACUCAAAUCAUCCCUCAGCCCAGCCACUCUGAUGGGUUGCCCCAUGCAAGGUCCGUCUCCAUACCAAUAAUUUUGCCCCUGACCUCAAAGCUGAGAAGCCCCAGCCCGGAGCCAAUGGAAACAGGUCGCCAAGACAGCUCACACACUGGCUCACCAAGCGGCCACCAGGAUGCAAGCCCCUCUGGCAGCAUGGAGACCCUCAACAGCUCCCAAGAAGAAGACAGGCCAAUAUCUCCUUUCUACAUGAGUAACCACCUCUCCCCUGUCCAAUGCAGACCAGAUGUGGUAAAUUUUCUAGACAGGACGAUUCGUUCAGCAGUGGAGCAGCACCUCUUCGAUGUAAACCCUGUACGGGAUCAAAGUUCAGAGGACUGUGAGUUAACUGCACGUCCUCCAUCUCCAAGGGUGACGCCAACCGCCCGUCAGAGACGUCGACACCAGAGAGAGCAACAGGAGGAGGCUCCGAGACAAAAAGAAAGAAACAGAGCCGCGUCCUUCCGAGCAGACACCAACAAGGAGAACAUCCCGUCGAGCAGUGGGAGCAAUUCGGGUAGCGUGGGGGAGGACGUAGGCAGCAGCGUGGACUCACAGGGAGGCCAGAGUGUUCACGCUGAGCGAACACCCAAACCAAGGAAGUCGAAACACAGCCCGACGCUGGUGCAGCUCACAGACAACCAGGACGCCCACACAUUCAAGGAAUGUGUUGGUGAGAGACCUGCAGAAAACCACAUGGAGACAUUUCAAAAAGGGAAUGACAUUUCAAGAAAAGAUGGCCUUCCUUCUCCUCCACAGACGUUAAGGAUGAAGAUCCAGGAGUCGCCCGUCACUUGUGACACGGGGAGGGUCGGCGGAGAGGUGCGAGGCUCCGAUCCGGAUCGCGAGAGCUGCGAGGAAGUGCCCCGGCUGGACUUGACAGCACUUACUGAGGAAAACCACUGGGGAGAACCGGUCCCGGCGUUCUCGUCACUGCAGAGGGAGAGCAUGGACCGCGAGGAAGCCCGGCUGUCCCCUCACGCUGGUGGACGUCUGAUCCGCCAGCUUCUGGAGGAGGACAGCGACCCGAUGCUGUCCCCUCGCUUCUACGCCUACGGACAGUGCCAGCAGUACCUGGAUGACACUGAAGUGCCUCCCUCACCACCAAACGCACACUCAUUUGUCAGUCGCAGACGGAGUUCGUCUCUCGGCUCUUGCGACGAUGAGAAAGAGGAGUUGACCUCUGCUCAGCUCACAAAGAGGAUCCACAUACUGAGGAAGAAGAUCCACCGGUUUGAGGAGAAGUUUGAAGAGGAACGGAAAUACAGGCCGUCCCACGGUGAUAAAGCUGCAAACCCAGAGGUGCUGAGGUGGGUUACUGAACUGGCCAAGCUUCGUAAAGAGUUAAAAGAAAGCAAGCUGAUGAAGUCUGAAGAAGACCUGCCGCCUCUGACCCGCCAGCGCAGCAACACGUUGCCCAAAAGCUUCGGCUCGCAGCUGGAAAAGAAACCGCAGCAGGAGAAAGUGCCGAAGCCUCCGGUGGAGAGCAGCCUGGAGACGAUUCUGAAGAAGCUGCAGGAGAAGAGGGAGGAGGUGAACCGUCCCGAGGACAUCAAGGAUAUGACACGGGAGCAGAUCGGAGCGGAGAAAGUUGCCCUGCAGAAAGCUCUACUCUACUACGAGAGCAUACAUGGUCGACCAGUCACCAAGAGCGAGAGGCAAAUCAUGAAGCCGCUGUACGACAGAUACCGCCUGGUGAAGCAAAUCCUGUGCCGAGCCUCUACCAUCCCCGUCAUUGGCUCACCCUCCAGCAAGCGCAGAGGUCCGCUCCUUCAGCCCAUUAUCGAGGGCGAAACCGCGCUCUUCUUCGAUGAUAUCAAGGAGGAGGAGGACGGUUCAGAGGACGACGGAGACUCAAAGACGCAGUUCACCGUCACGGUCAGACCCGACCUCAGCGUGCUCGGCUUCCUGGACCACAUGGAAGAGGAAUCAGACGGUUUCAUUUCACCCGUGGACGACCUCUCACCCUCUAAGAACACGACGGACAUGAGGCUGUCCAACUUGCACUCUGCCACCACGCAGGAACUCGUGGAGCAGCUCCAAGAGACCCGGGAGGAGAAGAAGAGACUCCGCAAGAACCUGAAAGAGUUUGAGGACCAGUUCUUCAGACAACACGGAAGAAAUGUGCAGAAGGAGGACCGCUCCCCGCUGGCAGUCGAGUACAGCGAAUACAAACACGUCAAAGCCAAACUGCGGCUGCUGGAAGUCCUCAUCAGCAAAAAAGACUCGUCCAAGUUCAUCUGAGACUAAAAUAAAAGACUCUUAAAAGGACUUCAGAGAUGCAGUGAAACACAUCUCACUCCGUUGGAGAGGAGAUCUGAUUUUCCUCCUCGCUGCCAUCUGUGCCGCUCAUGUUUUUGGCUGUUUGCCUGUUAAUCCGUUCAGUCGAGCUCAGCUGGGUUUUUCCUCUGGAGCCCGCAGAGAGCCGCCAACUCACGACUGAUUCAGAGCGACACAGAGUCACCUGCUUUCACCUUCCAACAAAAAAAACCUUCAUCAGAGGACAUUUCUCCAGACUCACACAAAUAACCUGAAUCACACUUUUACUGCUAAUAAUUUAUUUCUAUCCUUUUGAAUGUUUUUAUUGGAACAGAAAAGUUAUUUUUCUCAUGCUUUACUGUAGAAGUCUUAAAAGAAACACCUUGUACGUAAAAUAAUAGAUAUUAAAUUGUUGCUAUUUUUAAAGAAGGAUUUUUGCGAUCAAGAUGUAUGUGUAUUUUUGUAAGGGAGACGUUACUAUUUGUGUAACUUCAAUCAGCUUGAUAACAGUAUUCACUAAAUGAAUAACUUUCUCUAUUUCAGUCAUUACCAUCAUAUAAUAUCUGAAAUAAUCUUUUAUUGCUUCUCUAGAAGUUUAAUCGAGUAUUUGCUCACUAAAAGAAGUGGUUUUAAAUGUUAACACAACCCAAAGACAGUGACUCAGAGUACAAACUGCGAACCAAAACAGCUCAUAUUCAAUAAAACAGCUUAUUUUUUGUGAUCACUGGUACUUACUUAAGCAUUUGACUGUAUAUUUUAUGCAUUGAUGUGCUUUUUUCCCAUUUACUUCCUGUCAAAUAAGCUAUUUCUCGUCUUGAAAUCACUGGUAUGUGUUUGCUCACACUGAUAAACAUUGACAAACGUUUGUGAGACGACUCUGGAGGACAGAGGCGCGUUUCAUUCUCGUCCUCUCCGGAGCUCGUUUGGUUCUUUUGUAAAUAUGGAUCACUUGUGUAUGUUUACAUUUCUGUGAGCGAGUACAUUUUUCCUUUCUUUUCUCCAAAAUGGAUGAUUCAUCAGUGUGAAUUUCGUUUUUACUGAAUGUAAACACUGGCAAGGCUUAAUGAAUUUUGAGUGUGUACAUUUUAGUACAUAAAUUGUAUUUGUAUUUUGUAUAUAAUAAUGAAAUCAUAUUUUUACUGAG